AUUAAUGUAAAGAUUUAAAGAACCUUUUUGCAGGAUUGGCUGCAGUCGGCAACCUCACCGCUAGUUGCCGUUAAACCCUGUAAAACAAGUCCCCCUGCCAGCAUUCGCUCCCUCCAUCUGUCACACCCUCCCUCUUCAUUUUGUCAUCCCCCUCUCCACCUGUGGCACCCCUCCAUUUGUCCAGUGAGGUCAUCCCUCUAUUCUCCCUAAUCCUGCGAGCCAUGUCAGACGUAGAAGAGGAGUACGAGGAGCAGGCAGAGGAAGCUGAGGAGGAGCAGGAGGCUGAGCCCGAACACGAGGAGGAGACUGAGCAGGUCGAGGAGGAUGCAGGAGAGCAGCAAGAGUACCAAGAUCAAGAUGCCCAGGAGGAAGAAGAACGCCCCAAACCCAAACCCUUGGUGCCACAACUUGCACCUCCAAAGAUUCCUGAGGGCGAGAGGGUGGAUUUCGAUGACAUCCACAGGAAGCGUAUGGAGAAGGACUUACUCGAGCUGCAUACUCUGAUCGACGUCCACUUUGAGCAGAGGAAGAAGGAUGAAGAAGAACUUAUCAGCCUCAAGGAUCGAAUUGAGCGCCGUCGAUCAGAGCGGGCUGAGAUCCAGAGGGUCAGAGCAGAGAAGGAGAAGGACAGACAGAACAGGAUUGCGGAGGAACGUCACAGAAAAGAGGAAGAGGAAGCCAAGAAGAAGGCUGAUGAUGACGCCAAGAAAAAGAAAGUGCUCUCCGGCAUGGGAGCCAAUUUCGGAGGCUUCCUGGCCAAGGCUGAAUCGAGGAGGGGCAAGCGUCUAACAGGCAAAGAGAUCAAGAAGAAGACUCUGGCUGAGAGAAGGCAGCCGCUGGGCAUCGACAAUUUAAGGGAGGAUGGGCUCAAGCAACGGGCCCAAGAGAUGUGGAACUGGAUCUACCAGCUGGAGUCAGAGAAGUUUGACUUCAUUGAGCACAUGAAGCACCAGAGAUAUGAGAUCAUUGUGCUGCUGAACAGAAUCCAACAUGCUCAAAAAUUUAAAAAGGUCCACGGCAAAGGGAAGGUGGGCGGUCGCUGGAAGUAAAAGGGGAAAAAGAGGAGAAAGAAAAAAACACAAUGAUAACAACAAAGGAAGCAGUUUAGGAAUGGAGGAAUCAUACGUUUCCUCUCCAUGGUCCUCUCUGUAGACCUUCCCUGUGUGUGCGACAGACAUCGAAUGUUUCACGAUAAGAAACUCAGUAAUGAUUUCACUUGUCACAACCAAUUUCUUUUGGCCAGUUUUUAAAGUUGUGCACUUGCAUUAAAUAGAGCUAUUUUAUUAAUCUGUUGUGUGUGGGUCACAACACCAAGAUGGGUCAUCGGUCUGCUUUUAGCUGCUUUACCCUGGUUUAGAUGCAUUAUGUGAUGACGUCAGGGAAUUCAAUCAGGGUUAGUAAGAAGAGAAUCACUCUGAAAGAAUAAAUG